CACCACGUCACAGGAACGCGUCUCUCGUGUUGCUGCCGCAGAAGAUCCUUCCCCUCGCCUAUAAAUUGGGAGCGACUCCUGUUCCGCUCGCUGCACCCCCUGCACCGCUCUCGGAUCCCAAGCUCUAGGCAUCCCAAUGGCCCACGUUAUGGCCGCCCCCGAGCUGGUUGCCAUCAAGCGCCCGCUCCAGAACGACGGCGGCGACGUCGAGGAGAAGCCCAAGGCACGGCGGCGGGAGGCCGACCCGGCGGCGGCGCUGGCCGCGGCGCGGCACGAGUUCGGGGAGCACGGCGGGGUGAACAUGUCCAUCGAGGCGUCGGCGACGUUCACGGUGAUGGAGCCGGACACCAUGCGGCGGCUGUUCGCCGGGGAGCUCGGCCCGGAGCGCGGCGACCUGUACAUCUACAGCCGGCACUUCAACCCGACGGUGCUGGCGCUCGGGCGGCAGAUGGCGGCGCUGGAGGGCACCGAGGCCGCGUACUGCACCGCCUCCGGCAUGUCCGCCAUCUCCUCCGUGCUGAUGCAGCUCGUCUGCGCCGGCGGCCACGUGGUGGCGUCGCGGUGCCUGUACGGCGGGACGCACGCGCUGCUGUCCCGGUUCCUGCCGCGCGCCUCCGGCGUGCGCGCGACGUUCGUGGACGCCGACGACGAGGCGGCGGUGCGCGCCGCGGUGCGCCCCGGGGAGACGCGGGUGGUGUACGUCGAGACGAUGUCGAACCCGACGCUGGCCGUCGCCGACAUCCCCAUGCUCGCCCGCGUGGCGCACGACGCCGGCGCCAAGCUGGUGGUCGACAACACGUUCACGCCCAUGAUCGUCUCCCCCGCCCGCCUCGGCGCCGACGUCGUCGUCCACAGCGUCUCCAAGUUCAUCAGCGGCGGCGCCGACAUCAUCGCAGGGGCGAUAUGUGGGCCGGCGAGCCUGGUGAACGCGAUGAUGGACCUGCAGGACGGGGCCCUGAUGCUGCUGGGCCCGACGAUGAACGCCAAGGUGGCGUUCGAGCUGUCGGAGCGGCUCCCGCACCUGCCGCUGCGGAUGCAGGAGCACUCCCGGCGAGCGGCGGAGUACGCGUCCCGGAUGCGGCGGCUGGGCCUGCGCGUCACGUACCCCGGCCUCCCCGACCACCCGCACCACGCGCGCCUCCGCGCCAUGGGCAACCCCGGGUACGGCGCCGGCGGCAUGCUGUGCGUCGACAUGGGCACGGAGGAGCGCGCCAACCGCCUCAUGCACCACCUCCAGAACACCACCCAGUUCGGCCUCAUGGCCGUCAGCCUCGGCUACUACGAGACCCUCAUGUCCUGCUCCGGCAGCAGCACCAGCAGCGAGAUGUCCCCCGCCGACCGCGCCCGCGCCGGCAUCUCCCCCGGCCUCGUCCGCAUGUCCGUCGGCUACAACGGCACGCUCGAGCAGCGCUGGUCGCAGUUCGAGCGCGCCCUCUCCCUCAUGCAGCAGCAGCAGCAGCACCCCGACCACCGCGACGCCAUGUACUGCAAGCUCUCACCGACCAUCUAGCUAGCUAGCCAACCCGCGCGCCAUUGAUGCGCAUCCAUCCAUCCCAUCUGUUUGUCCCGUGUUGCUGGUUUGUAUAUACAGUUCAUGUCUUAUGUCAUUACCAGUGCCUAAGUUUUAAGCUGUUAACUAAGUACUAUCUGAUCCCUCUGGUUCAGAUGGCCGAGCUGCCUGUCCCCUGGAAAACUGAACAUGUAUUGGAAUAAACUGGUCAAUGUAAUGCAGUAUUUUCUCA